AUGGCCCAACCACCUCAAGAGAAGAGAGCUCGCAUGGAGGAUGCUCCACGCUCCCAACAGCGGAGAAGACAAGCUCGCCGCCCCUCGCCAAUGAGAUCCGAGACGACUCGGUCCACCAGCUCCACCAGGGACGAGGACCCAAUGCCGGUGACCAAACUAUGCCGACUGAUGGGCCAACUCCUGAUCCGACACGAGGAUUCUUUGAACUCGGUUUCUAUGCAGGACUCGUUUGUGAUGUUCUUCCAACGGGGCAACUCCGGAGCAGUGCCCUUGCUGCUCAGAGCAGCAAAUCAAUGGCGAGACCUACCACCAGAUCAGACACAGAUGCCCCUAAGGUCGUACCUUCUACAAGCCAUCCUCAACGAGUUGGUCUCGAGGUUCCAGAAAUUACAUCAUCAACUCGAAGACCCUGGCACGAAGGCAGCGGCAGUCAAGAGUCUGACCAUUUUGGAGGACUUGAGCUUUCCGUACUUGAUGUGGCAUGCUCAGCAGCAAAAAUUGGUGGUCAGUCAAACUGCAUCCAUCUCGUGGACGACGAUGGAGUCGCAUCUGGGGCUACUUCAACAGGCAUUUCAAGAACCCUCCAAUUGCAUUCGCUUUUUCGCGAUGGCUUCGGCCCAGAGCAAAGGAGAUGUCGAACGACUCCCUGUCCAGCGUGAUGAGGCAAUUGACGGGGUCGUCCCUUUGGCAUCUGAUGGGGGCUCGGAUGAAACAACACGGCCUGCAGAGGAGCAAAAUCGCUCAGGACAUCCAGGACAUCCUCCACCCUCGCAAGGGGAGGCAAUGAAGCACCAAUGGAUCAACCAGCUCCUGGUCAUGCAAUGUGCCAACACCGCCAAUUGGUGCUAUGCCAAUGCAGGCCUGGUCACCAUGUUUUGGUCCUUGCUCCACAGCUCGUCCUUCGAUGAGUACACGUUUCGAACUGCAUGGGACGCAGUUCAGGGGUUGCUACAAUCCGUGACAGCGGAUGAGCCGGUGGUUCUGGCCAGUCAUCCUUGCCUGGCUGAGCUUUUUGAGGGAACACCUCAUCAAAACCAGCGUGACAUUGGUGAGCUCAUCAGUGAAGCGCUGCUGUGGUGCAAAUCUUCUCGCUUGUCCCAAGCAUGGGAGAGGCGCUUUGAGGCAUCUGGAAGUUUGUGCUGCUAUGAAUCUGGCAGUGAUUUUCAGCCCAUCGCCCUAGUGCAUCUGUACGAACUGGACAAAAAGAGGGUGACCCUGACUGAAUGGCUAGCGCAUCAAGUGGUGGCAUGUGUAGCUCACCUGGGUGACUCCUUGAAGGGUCAUUUCAGGGCCUUGCUCAAAGAUCCUCAGUCAGGCAAACGUUGGCUUUGUGACGACAACCAGCCACCUGCCCACGUGACUGAGGUUCCUGAGUACAUGCACACAAGAGGUAUCCUGUUUUGGCUGCUUCCCAUUUCAAUGGGAGACGAUUGUGAGGAGGAUGCUCCUCAGACCGAGACUCUGACCCGCCCUUCAUUGUGUUUGGGCCCUGCUGAUACCUCCUCAGGUCUGCAGCCACACGGAUUUGCCGACAACCCUGAGGACAGGGCCAUUGCAGAUCAUUCCAGCACUGAGGUCCCACCUUCUCAGGCUCUCCUGGAUGAACCGAAUCUUCAGGUCCCUGCUGCACGAUCCACGGCAAUGAUGCUCAAGGAUUUCCCUACGAGGGAUGACUCAGGACACCGCAACUUGGCUGCCAAUCGAGAUGAUUCGGGAUUGCCUCGGGCGCAGCGUGCGCCCAACCCGGACGAUGUUGCCUUAGCUGACCUGCUGGAAAUUGAGAUUGCAGCCUACCGCUGCUACCUGCGCCAGCUGCUGCUGGGCGCUGGACGGCCUUCGGCUGCUGGGGCAGCGGAGGCGAUGCUGCGGAUAGAUGGCUGCCGGCCCAGUGAGAGUGGACCCAAAUUUUGGUUCUUUCGGCCUUCUUAG